AUGUUGUCAUAUGGUGCUGUCCUGGCAGUGAUGUGCAUAUCGUAUCUUAGUUUUUCCGGCACUUUCUUCGAUAUUCUCUCGGAGAACUUGGAUGGGGUUUGGUCUUCUACAGAACUUUUAGAAGGUGAGGGUAUUAAUCUGACUUGCUCUCACGACUCUACAAGAGACUGCACUGCCUACUUGAAGAUUAAAAAUCUUGUUGUGGAAAAUGUUUCAAUGCAAUUUGUUUAUUCCCCAGCAGCAAGAUGGGUUGGAGUGAAAUUUCUGAGUGAGGAUGCCUGGAUUUUAUUGAGACAGACUAGUGGCCGCUUGCUUGUCAGGGUGUUUGUUGAUUCUAGCAUGAGGACCUUUUUGCUUGAGCGCCGUCAGAACCGCGGAAGAUUACGCAAGAUAUUGGGAAAAAAGGGAGGAUAUGUGUGCUUAAUAUUUCUUGUUAUCGGACUAUUCAAAUGGGUUCAAAUACGGUUUUUUUCGCUUCACUCGGGAAGACAAAAUCUGCGCCAUCGUAGAAAUUUAUCUCUAAGGUCUGAGACACGGAAGAAAAACGAAUAA